AUGCCCCGUCGUGGUAUACGGGUGGACCCCGGUUUCCGGGAUGCCGGUUUCCGGGACCCCGGUUUCCGGGAUGCCGGUUUACGGGAUGCCGGUUUACGGGAUGCCGGUUUACGGGACGUAGGCCGCACGGACACGGAUCUCGAGACGGGCAGUGGCGACGGGAUGGAGAGAAGUUGUGGAGCAGCGACCGCGGUGGGAGUGCCCAGCGGUGAUGUGAGGCUUGGAACUCAUGAGCUGUGGACCCGGGCCGCGAAAAUUGGUCACUACGAUGGCGUGCCGCAGCGAUACAAAGAUAUUGACAUCUCGGUGGUCAGCGAAGCAGGUUCGGACUACGACCCGGGUUUGGAGUACGACCCGGGUUUGGAGUACGACGCGGGUUCAGAGCACUUGCCGUUGGACGCAGUCCCCCUUCAGGACACGUGGUCGUCUCGCAAGCACCUGCGGGCGGGGCAAGAAGACUUGCGAGCACAAGAGGCAAAGCGCAAGAGGUUGCGGCGGACGGGCCGCAUUUGGUACCGAGGAGUGCACGUGGCCAGCGUGGAUGUGGCCCCGGGUGUGUGGAGGAGAGCGGAGAGGGUGAAUGCGCCGGAGCCAGUUCACUACCUCAUCGGUUACCGAGACCAGUGUUUCAGCGUGAGGCAUGAGAUAGCCUCGGCUGUCUUCCGAACUGAAGAGGAGGGUAGGGGCCGAAGCCAGGGCCGGUACUUUACUUACCAACCGCGUUCUCAGACGUCCGCGUGGCUAUACGAGAAGCUGCUCGCCUCUCAAAAAAUACAAAAGGCACUUACCGACUCGACAUCGCUUUACUCCUUGGCCAAUGAUAUACUCCAUGACUCCGAUAUCAUUCGCGCCUUUGAGCUCCAACGAGAAUAUGACGAAGCACCUGACCAACUACGGGAUCGGCAGUCAGCGAUAGAACUGGAAGCGGCGUUAGAGCUGGAACGAGACCCUUUAACGAAGGCGAAUACCGACGGGACGAUCAUAAGGUGUGUCGGGGUUAGACCCGGCGACGAAGAAAAGGCGAAGGGUAAAGGCGUCAUACGGCUUCUGCCCCGCGACCGGUCCGUGAAGGUGAGAUUGAUGAGGAUACUGGCAGUGCUCCAGCGGCAAAGGACUUUGGAAAAGCGCUGCGGCCAGGAGACAUGUACCACGGACGAUUUUCUGCUGCUCGGACAACACUACAUGCUCUCCAUGCCGGUCAUAGAUCCUGACCGCGGAGAUGCGGAAAGAAUCAUUGAAAGGCAACUUGGCGCCCUCCAGAUUGCUACUCAACGGAAAGCCGGGAACGGGUUAGAUUCCGGAGUACAAGAAAAUUCCGGAGUACAAGAGAAUUCCGGAGUACAAGAGAAUUCCGGAGUACAAGAGGGCUUUUUGCUCGCUUUGAAGUUCGUACUGGAAAAUCUGCAGACUCUUACGUCUUCUCUAGAGGACUUCAUUUUCGAGGUCAACCGAUUUUUAGGUCGCACCGAACGGUGGCUGUCUCAAUGGAACGAUAUACUAGGUCACGUUCUGACACUGAGUAAUAGAAUGAUCGGUCCAGCCGAGGUGAAAAUCAUUCCGUUUAAUCGGAUAAUAGACGAGACUAUUUACAAACGUUUAAUCUUGUUUAAGAAGCUUGUUAGCCGCGUUCCUCUGGAACAGGUGGUCGAGGUGGAGAGCGGAGUAGCUCGAGUGCUCGUCUCGCUAUUUGACUUAAUGUCACGUCGUAGCACUGCCAUGACGAGCUUAUCCGUUUGGAGCGCGAUUUUACGAUUUCACGAAAUAUACUGGACGGAGCACCGCAUCGAGACGGAAGUGACCCGUCUUAUGAAGCCGUAUCAUUUGCAAUUGAGUAAAUUGAUGCAGGCUAACAAGAAGAACUCCGGUGUAAAGUCUGGAUGUAUCGGGCCUGAAUUUAUUGGACUGAACGACGACGACGAAUUAUUCGGAUACGACUUUAUUGAUGAACAAACCAUGAGUAACUGCGUGAAUACGCUCAUGCCGUGGUUGGCAACGGUAUGCAGGUGUUUGAUUCCUUGUCGGAAAGAUGUGCUAGUGGAUGCGAUUCUGACUUAUUGUCACGCUUUUCGCAAGCAUCACUUCACCUCUGAUAUUCUCUUCCAAAUGGUGGUGACAGGAUUCGCUGUAGAAACGAACAUCCUCUCGCUCGUGUCGCCGUUCUUGCCACAUCUACCGGCUGUCUUGUACUCCAGCUAUGCCUUGCACUACCGGCCUACAAGAUGCUCAGCUGAGAGUCGCUCAGCACGCUACUUCGCAAGCCGUAAUGCACAAGGCUUGGAACCAGAACGGCAAUCGAUUUGGGACUUCUUGGUGGCGGACCAGGAGCUGAAAGAUGCAGUUAUGCGAGGCUUAGAUCAAAACGGCUUCAUGCAACAGCUGGAACACCUCUCAGCGCUGGACAGCCAGCUCUCAGCCCCGGACAGCCAGCUCUCAACCAUCGACGGCGUGAAGCGACAGAUCGAAAAGCCGCCUGUAACUGCGGGCCCGCCGGAUGCCGCCAAUGAUCAACUACCAGGCCGACAGACCCGGCGACAACCAAUGAUAAGGUAUGCCUUCCUCGCUAUGUAUUACACCUCCUCUUGCUACCUGCUUUCCAGCACCGCGGAUUCGGAAAGUAGAGGCGGAAUAGCAGCUGGAGUCCGUUCAAUGACUGUGUCCAAGGUUCAAUACUCUAACCAUGCUGAAUACUCAAGUCGUGAGGAGGAACUAAAAAUCAUUUUCAAGUCUGAUGACCUCCAGUCGACUCUGGUUUAUGUGAUACAAGCUCUUCAACAAAUGGAACUUGAUAUAAAAAAUUCGUCUGUCUCUUCGACGUUGUUGGAUACUGCCAAUACGGGCAAUCAAAAUUUGAACACUCAGAAUACAAGGUAUCAAAGCCAAAGGGAAAUGUACGUUGUUCUUGCCAUGGUUCUAGCACAUGGUACCAAGUGCUUGCCAAGACUUUUACCUAUGCUGACGAUUGACAAAUCGUCCCCUAGAGUCAGGGAGCUUAGCCAGCUGCUACAAGAUAGCUCAGGCUCGCGACAAAAUCAUAAGGACGAACUACCCAGCUUCACCUUCUGGAACCUAUUGCUGCUUUCCACUUUUGAUCCAUUGACAAUACUGGACCAGAAUCUUCAAGCGUUCGGACAACACAACGUUGUGUUUAAUAUGGCUUUGAUACGCGACACCAUUCGAUUGUGUCUACGAAAGCUCCAGUCAGAAGAGAGCCCGAACGAUGACAAGGAUUCCCGGCCGGUUGAUUCCUUGCUGGUCUCUUUUCAGGAAACGGUGUGCGACGAACGGCGAGCUUCGAUGUUUAUGCUAAUCUCAUCACUACUGGCGACCAUACGAAAAAGAUGGGGUGAGAGGCCCGAGGUUCUUCUGUGGGCUCAGCUUGGACGGGAAAGACGCUUGGAGCAGUGGGGGAGUAUCGAUGAUGAGUUAGAAGCCUUGUGCGUCCUAAUUCACGGAGCGGUUAAGCUAACCUCGCUCAAAAAACAGUGCGCUCUCGCCCUGCACACACGUGCGCGUUGCGCGCCAUACGACAAUCGUCUCCUGGAAAUUUUGUUGAAUCACGCUAGAGUUCAUUCUGAUGAUGCUUUGCUUGCAUCGAUCAAUGAAUUGAAAGCCAAUUGGCGAUAG